UAUUAAUACUAAUGCACUCUCCGACCUCAUCAAGGACCCGCUUCUUUAUAAAGUUUUCUCCAAUUGGUAUGCUAUUGAAAGCCCAUUAUUGUAUUUGCUAAAUGAAGAAAAUAAAAGUCAUG